AUAAUAUUCCACCCUCUAAUUGCUCAUCCCAUUCAACAAAUAUGUGCACACUGCUUUUCGCAUUAUUUGAUCCCUUAUUUAGGAGGGGUGUGGAGAAGGAGGGGGGAGAGACAGGGAGAAGGGGAAGUGCUGAGAUUAGGAGUUGCAAAGAUUAAGGAGGAAAAAAAAAAUCCAAACAACAAACCAGGCUUUUCCACCAACCGCCCGGCUUCCCUCCCCCCCGUGCAUUUGGGCGAAGUGGUAAAAACCUUCCUUACGUACUCCGUAAUGAUUGGCAGGGCUGACAGUGAUUGGCAGCGGCUGCCAUGGCAACGCCACAACGACACUCAGAAGACCAAUAGAAAAGCGAAACAAAAUGUUUCAGCGCUGCACUCACUGUGGAUUUAGGGGAGAUAUUAUGAGGCUGUUGUCAUUAGGGCGAUCGCUGUUGAAUCACUGAAUCCUGACUCGGCGGCGGCGCGGGGCCGGGUGUGUGUGAGUGCGUGUGCGUGUGGGGUGUGUGUGAGCGCGCGUGUGCGUGUGCCCGCGUGUGCGUGUGAGUGUGUGUGUGCCCCCGUGCCUCUAUGUGGCUGUGUGUGCGUGUGCGGGUGUGGAUGCGUGCGCGGUGCGUGUGCCCUUUCCUCCCUUCUUCCUCCCUUUCUUUCUUUUCUCCUUGAUUUAUCUCCCCCUCUCCCCGGUCAUCCCAUGGUGUUCAGGUCCCCGCUAGAGCUUUAUCCCACCCAUUUCUUCUUGCCAAACUUCGCCGCCGAUCCGCACCACCGCUCCCUCCUUCUCGCCAGCGGCGGCGGCGGCGGCGGCAGCGGCAGCGGCUCGGGCUGCAGCCCCGGUGCCGGCGGCGGUGGAGGCGGCAGCUCCCGGGCACCCCACGAAGAGUUGUCAAUGUUUCAGCUGCCCACACUCAACUUCUCCCCGGAGCAAGUGGCCAGCGUCUGCGAGACGCUGGAGGAGACUGGAGACAUAGAAAGGCUGGGGAGGUUCCUCUGGUCGCUGCCGGUGGCGCCAGGGGCAUGCGAGGCCAUCAACAAGCACGAGUCCAUCCUCCGCGCCCGGGCGGUGGUGGCCUUCCACACGGGCAACUUCCGAGACCUCUACCACAUCCUGGAGAACCACAAAUUCACCAAGGAGUCCCACGGCAAGUUGCAGGCCAUGUGGCUCGAAGCGCACUACCAGGAGGCCGAAAAGCUAAGGGGUCGCCCGCUGGGGCCGGUUGAUAAAUACAGGGUGAGGAAGAAGUUUCCGCUGCCCAGGACCAUUUGGGAUGGCGAGCAGAAGACGCACUGCUUCAAGGAGAGGACUCGCAGCCUCCUGAGGGAGUGGUACCUGCAGGACCCUUACCCCAACCCCAGCAAGAAAAGGGAACUGGCUCAGGCCACGGGGCUCACCCCCACGCAAGUAGGCAACUGGUUCAAAAACCGAAGGCAAAGAGACAGAGCAGCGGCGGCUAAAAACAGGCUCCAGCACCAGGCGAUAGGACAGAGCGGCAUGCGGUCGCUGGCAGAGCCCGGCUGCCCGACACACAGCUCGGCCGAGUCUCCGUCCACGGCGGCCAGCCCGACCACCAGCGUCUCCAGUUUGACAGAAAGAGCCGAGACGGGCACCUCCAUCCUCUCGGUAACCUCCAGCGACUCGGAAUGUGAUGUAUGAUAUCGGAAAACAAACAAACAAACAAACAAAAAAAUCCAAAUCCAAACAGCCAAGCACCCUCUCCCCGUCCCGAGCAAAACAAACCGAGGCAACCUAGAAUCAGGACACACACACGCAUGCACGCACACACACAGCCGGGAGGAAAGAAAAGGCCAAACCCGACCCAAACAUAAUAGCAAACAAACAGACAGGGAUCAGAGAAUCCACCACCACCACCGUCAGCCAACACCACCACCAAGAGAUGGAGCUAAAACUUCAACAGUCACAAACGCUGGUGCUGCAGCGGGAAGGGUGGGGGGGAGGGCGGGAAAUAAUAAUUAUUAUAUAUAUAAAAAGAAAGGAAAAAAAAAAACAAAGCAAAAGUGACAAUUGUAUUCUUUUUAGGACAAGCACGAUUUCUCCUUUGCGCUUUUCCAUGGACGCAUUUCACCCACUUGCAUGAUGAUGAUGAUUAAAUUUGUAUCUGGGAAAAAAUAUUCUCUAUAGUAAAGGAAAACAUACAGAAACCAGACAAACAAAUGCAAACUCCGAUCGAAUUUGUACAAAAAUCAAAAAUAAAAAAAAAAUUAAAAGGAACUCCUUGAAGAGGGAAAUAACAAAUGUUUAUCGCCUUUUUGUUGGUCCUAUUUCUCUCUCUUUCUCUCUUCCUCUCUCUUUCUUUCUUUUUUUUUUUUUUUUUUUUUUUUUAGUCCAAGUGAUGGUCCAGCCAAGAUGCAAUUUUCUGUUUUUUUGUUCUGCAGACAAUCAUUUUAUUCGUAAGCACCUUUUUUUCUACACUUCUGUCACUGCCUGUGUGGGUACUGGUUAUAAAUGUGGAAAAAGAAUAGUUAUGACUGUAACAGAUUUUUAUUUUUAUUUCAAAAUUUUAUAUGAAUUAUGUAUAUCUUAAUGAUGCGGUCAUUUUCCCAGUUUGUAAUAUAUGUGUAGAAAUGCUUGUAUAUGAUAUUUGCUCUCCUCUUUCUUUCUUUCUUCUUCCUCCCCUCUCUCUAUCUCCCUCCCGCCCUUUCUCUCUGUCACCUUUUUAUUUUCCUUGACUCGGUGUUCCUUGCACAAACUUAGCUGUCAAAAUCUGACGUGCUAGGUUUCCAAAAGGGACCUCAGCGAUAGAAAAAAAAAAAAAAGGAAAAAGAAAAAAAAAAAAAGCUUAGGGUGCAACUGUAGUUAUCUUAUGCAAAAGCUAUUUUGAGUAUUUCAUAGCAGCUUUGGGGGGGUCUCUUCUUAAACUCCACGUAGGACGCUUAAACUAUUGUUUCCUUAACUGCGUGUUUAUCUAUAUGUACAAACUUUCUAAAUCAAAUACAGUAUUCCAUUUUCUUAUCUA